AUGUUACAACUGCGACCAGGGGUGAAGCUGCAUUCGCUAGCGACUGUAUUAGACCAACGAGGCGUUAUAAUAGACAAGUAUUGGAUUCCGCGUGGCACUACCAUUGGUAUGAGUGCUAUGGUACUGAACAAAGACCUAUCUAUCUUUGGCAAUGAUGCCGAGAAAUUUCGAUUAGAUCCCUGGCUGGAAAGCCCCGAUAUAUUUGCCCGCCUUGACAAUAUGAGCAUGACGUUUGGCACUGGUGCAAAAGGUUGUAUAGGUAAGAAUAUUGCUCUCGUAUGUGUCUUCCCACAUUUUCUUACUCUACGUCUUCGAAAUUACACAUUCCCUUGUUGA